AUGAAUUAGCAGCCAUAAAUAUUCGAGCAAUUAGCAAAUCAAGAUGCAGCUAGAAGACUAGUAUUAUUUAGAAAUUUUGUCAAUAAUAACUUAAAUGCUGACUAAUAAUUUAUUUGUUUACAUCAAGUUAUAUUAAACAACGACAAUCUCUAAAUUAUUCCAGGAUAACCUUAAUGUAAUUGUCUAAGGAAUUAAAAUAAUUAAGUUAGAACUUUUUUUUAAUCAAUUCUUAAGUUUUUGUUUUCGCUUUUAACAAAUACCAUUGAGGAAAAUGAGGAAAAUAUUCCAGAAAACCAUAUAAUUAAUAGGUUCUUAAACCGAAGAACUUUAACAAAUUAGACUUUAGAAUUUUUUAGGCAAGAAUUGAGAUAAUAUAAAGUUUAUGUAAGAAUAAAUAAUGAAAAUUAAGAAGCAAUAAAUCUAUAAAGACUUGAAAAUUUUGCUUUAAAUAAUAAUUUUAGAAAUCAAAUAUCUUUUACAAUAAUUGAAUUUCCAACAUGUUUUUUAAAGAUGGUUGAAUUUUAUAAUGGUUAAAUUUUAAAUAAUACUUACCAUAUAAUUAAAGGAGGUUAUAUUAAGCUAUUAGAGUUUUUUUUUCAGGCUCAGUAAUCUCAAUAAGUCCUGAAUCCUGUUUGUUUUCAUACAGUUAAUUUAGGACAAUAAUAUGUAUAAGAUGGAAGAAAUUUCCAAUAUUUAUAAACUUCUUAAGAAUAAUGUUAAAAUUGUGAAAAUAACAUUGAAAUACCUCAAAGCUUUGGAAAAUUGAUGCAAUAUAUUUUAGAAAGAGAUGAAAUAUAGAAUUAAAGAAAUAUUUCAGAUCUUGUAAACAGAAUUGUUAAAAGGCAAAUAAAUUCAUUAAGAUUAAUCUUAGAAUUUUUUGAUGAAAAUUAUACAGAUAAGAUUGAAGAAACAUAUCUAAUAAUAUAAAAUUAUGAGCCUAUUCCUAGAAGACAGAUUUAAAAUAUUGAUUUACAUCUAAACAUUGAAAUUGAAUGGUAUAAAAAAUAUUUUCUAAGAAAGACUUUUUCAAUUUUGUCAAACGUAAUUGUAAAUUUAGGAUUAAAUUAGACUCUAUAACAUAUUUAAGGAUAUGAAAAUAUUUCUAUAUUACUUAAUUGCAUAGAAUUAAUUUAUAAUAAAAAUGAAUAAUAACUUUAUUAAAGGUAUCAAAUUUUAUAUCACAAAAAUACAAUUUAAGAAAUUCAAGGGGAUAUAUAAUAAAUUUAAUUUGGACAAAACUAAUAAAAUUUUCAAAUUGAAUAAGUUAAUUAUGAAAAUGAAUUAAAUAUUUUAAAUGAAGUUGAAGAAGUUUUGAGAAAUCCUGAUGUUUUGUAACGUCCUUUGUUUUAUGAAUAACUUAAAUUUCGAAUAUGUUGCUGUUUUUGUUGCGAUACUUUUUUCUUAUCCAAUAAUAUCAUUAGUAAUAUGGAAUUAUAUUUAAAUCAUACUUAAUAUGUAAAUGGGAUUUAGUUUCAAUAUUUUGAAUUAUUUCUAAAUAAUAUAGCUAAUUGUGAAGUGAUUUCAGCUAUGACGGAAUAGUUAAUCAUGACAUUGUAGAAUCCGAAUUAAGUUAUUUAAUAAUAGUGA